GGUGCCCUUAAGCCUCAGCGGUGCGUGCUCUCGCCGCAACAGGGUUACGCAGGCGUCCCAGGCCGGGCCUCUUCCCCCGCCCUUCGGAAGGGCCUUUGACUGGGGGGCUGGGGUCGCCGCGAAUUGCGAAGCAGUCAGAAGUGUUUCCGCGUCGUCUUAGACGUGUGCUGGCAAGUGGGAAAGAAGGGUUAACGGCGACGAAGGGAAGGAUGCUGUCACCCUAGGAGGCGUCUUCUGUUCGGUGGCUUGUUCUUGGUUUCUUGAGAGUUUUGAAGAGGAUAAGUUACAUCCUUUUUUCCUAAGCAUCGGACAAAACCCCACAAAGGGAGUGUUGGUUGUUCAUUUCUUUGUCUGCUGAUCGUUUGGCUCUUCCUUGCUCGUGUAUCUUGGACAAAGCCCGAGGCUGUUAUAUUCAACCAACUUCCCAGAAGUCCUUUGGUCUUUAGACCACUAUUACUUCUCCCCUGAUUUACACCUGAAGAAAUCAAGGCAGGAGUGAGCUUUGGAGCGCAGAGUGACUUCUUACUUGAUCUGCAUUUUGUAACCAUCAGGGCACAGCUCUGAGGGGAAUAAAAAGUUGUGUAUUUUUUGGGCAUUCUGAGCACUCAGAAGGAAACCAGACAUGUCCUUGGAUGACAUUAAGAUGAACUCCGCUGACUUCCUGCUGCAGAAGAAUCUGGACGGCGGGGGCUUCGGGAAGGUGUCUCUGUGUUUACACAGAUCCCAUGGGCUCGUGGUGCUGAAGAAGGUGUACACGGGCCCCAGGCGCGCCGAGUACAGCGAGGCCCUCCUGGAGGAGGGCAGGGUGAUGCACAGCCUGCGGCACGGCCGCGUGGUCCAGCUGCUGGGCGUCAUCUUGGAGGACGGGAACUACUCGCUGGUGAUGGAGUACCUGGAGAAGGGCGACCUCAUGCACGUGCUCAAGGCCCAGAUCAGUAUCCCUCUCUCUGUGAAAGGAAGGAUAAUUAUGGAGACCAUUGAAGGAAUGUGCUACUUACACAGAGAAGGUGUAAUACACAAGGACCUCAAGCCUGAAAAUAUCCUCAUGGAUGGUGACUUUCACAUUAAGAUAGCUGACCUUGGCUUUGCCUCCCUUAAGACGUGGAGUGAGCUGAUGAGAGAGGAGCUUGCUGCGCAGAGGAGAGGGAGCGGCACCACAAAGGACGGCGGCAGCCUCCACUACACGGCCCCCGAGCACCUGAACGACAUCAGCUCGAGGCCCUCGGAGAAGUCGGACGUGUUCAGCUUCGCCAUAGUGCUCUGGGCCGUCUUUGCCAAUAAGGAGCCGUAUGAAAACGCUAUCUGUGAGCAGCAGGUGAUAAUGCGCGUUAAAUCUGGGGACAGGCCAGAUGUGGAGGACCUCGCUGAGCACUGCCCGCGGGAGGCUAUCAGCAUCAUGAAGCAGUGCUGGGCGGUGGAUCCAGACGAUCGGCCGACGUUUGCCGGCAUUGAAGAGAAAUUUAAGCCUUUUUAUUUAAAUCAAUUAGAAGACCAUGUAGAAGAGGAUGUGAAGAGUUUAAAGAAAGAGUAUCCGGGCCAAAAUGAAAUUGUAAAGAGAAUGAAGUCUCUCCAAAUUGAUUGUGUAGCAAUACCUCCAAGCAGGUCAAAUUCAGCCACAGAACAGCCCAGUUCGCUGCACAGUUCACGGGGCUUUGGGCUGGGCCCUGUGGAGGACUCCUGGUUCGCUCCUGCCCCAGAGCAGCAGCAGCAGCAGGACCUCCGACUGCACAGUAAACUCCAGGAGGAGGCCAACUACCAUCUGUAUGGCAGCCGCAUGGACGGGCACACCGGAGGGCAGCCCGGGCGCAACGUGGCUGACAGUAGACAGGAAGAGAGGAGACGGAGGGUCUCCCAUGACCCUUUUGCACAGCAGAGACCUUAUGAGAAUGCUCAGAACCCAGGGCUAAAAGGCCUUGCUUACUCCGGUGCAGCCAGUCAUGGUAAUGUGGUACAGCAACCAACAGGGCUAACCAGCCAACCCCAGUUACUCUCCUGGAGAAAUGGAUUGUGUACCCCACUCGGUUUUGGAGCAAGUCCAGUGGACCUGAGAACCGCAGGUCCAGGAGUUUGGUAUGGGCCAAAUCCAGGCCACAUGCCAAGCCUGUAUAAAACGCCAGUGCCUGAGACCAACCUACUGGGAAACACACCCACCAUUCCAUUCAGCUCCUUGCCAUCAAGAGAUGAGCCUUUAAAAUAUAGCAUAUACAACAGUUCUGGCGUUCAGAUUGGAAACAAUAAUUAUAUGGAGAUUGGCGGAAUGAGUUCAGUGGUACCGGACAGCACGCACAUGAACUUGAAAGAAGGCCCAGCUUCUAAGUACCAAGAUAUCUUCGAUAAUACCACUAGUCUGACUGAUAGACACCUGGACCCAGUCAGAGAAAAUCUGGGCAAGCACUGGAAAAACUUUGCCCGUAAGCUGGGCUUCUCUCAAUCUCAGAUUGAUGAAAUUGACCAUGACUAUGAGCGAGAUGGACUGAAAGAAAAGGUUUACCAGAUGCUCCAGAAGUGGCUGAUGAGGGAAGGCAGCAAGGGGGCCACCGUGGGAAAGCUGGCCUAUGCGCUCUGCGAGUGUUCCAGGGUAGACCUGCUGAACUGCUUGAUACGCAUGAGCCAGAACUAAGCCCACGGGGGGGGCUCCUGCAGCAUGAGGCCAUCUCCUCACUCGGUGAGCGACCCACCGAAAGCCUGCUGCCUCAGAAGGUUCAGAAUUCUUUCCUCACUGAUGUGGGUCCUGUGCGUAAAAAUCAUUUCCUGCCUUUCAUAGCUGCAGGAUGGGAAAAGAAUCUACAGCAAACAACCCACUACACAGGAAGACCUAUUCAUGGCCAAGGUCCAAUCAAAAAAGAAGCCUAAUAGUGUUUUGAAAGGGAGAGAGAUUUAAGGGAGAUCAUUUUCUUUCAGAUUAUUCCAUAACCUUCAGUGAUGCUGUUCAUUCAGUUUCUUGAAAUUUUGCUUGAUCAAGGAAAAAACAAAAAAAUUCAGAGACUAUAAACUAAAUCAGCUUCCUAAUUCUGCACUGUCUUCUCUACAUAGGCUCCUGUUAUAAUCGAAGCGCUGUAAAAUGCUGCGUUCUCGUCAAAUGGGAUUUUUUUGUAUCACAACCACAGUUCAUUCCAAAAUUACAGGGUCUCUUAACGUCAGGAUCAAAUUCUGUAUCAGUCACUACAGGCUUCAGGAAUUAUAUGCCGUCUGCACUCUGUAAAUUAACGGAAGCGAUUUUAAGGAGUACAAACAAGGGGGGAAAAAUAGAGAACAAAAAUAGCAGACUUUCCCCGGCUGUCGUUGCGCAGAAUUGCUACUAAUUCUGACGAGUACGAAGGUUCUUCCCUAGCAUUCUGACACUUCAGGUACCUUUUCCAACCUGCGUGCCCUGAAGAGGGAGCAGGCGUGCUGGGAGUACUGACCGCGUCACCCCGGCGACGACUGGAGCCUCAGGGCGGAUCAGUGUUGAGCAGCUUCCUCAGUUUACCCCGGGGUGCUGUAGCAAUAGCUUCAUUUUCUCCUGUGAGCUGGGCUGUGCAAGGACCGGUUCCGCGUCUGCUCCUUGUGCCUGCAGCAGUCAGCCUCUCAAAGCCCACCUGAAACCAGGAAGGAGUGAAGGCACUCGAGGGCUAGGAGACUGACGUGACCCGGCCACCCAGCAUCGCUGCCCGCCCUCUGCCCGGCAGAGCAGGUGUGCCAGCGUGCUCAGCCCUCCCGGGAGGGAGGCGCUCAGGGUGCGGUAAGGUCACCUGGCUGCCAGAGCAGAUCCCAGUGUUUGGUGGGCGCGUAACAGUAUUGUUGGCUCUGAUUCUUAAUCUCCUCCAGUCCCAGCAGAUACACACACACACACACACACACACACACACCCCACUGAAGUGGUACUGUAAAGCAAAAUUUCUCAGCCUUGGCACUACUGGCAUCUUGGGCCAGAUAGCUCUGUGUGUGGAGGGCGGUCCCGUGUAUUGUGGGGCAUUUGGAAGCAACGCUGGCCUCUCCAAUAGUGCUCUUCUCCCCUCCCCCCACCCCUAGUUGUGACAAACAGCAGGGUCUCUGGACAUUGCCAGGUGUCCCCUGGAGGGGCAAAACUGCCCCAGUUGAAGACAGCACUGCUAUAAAGUAGUGAACCUGUCUUCCUACCCACACAUAUCCAGGCUCACUACUUCGUUGCCACACAGCACUGGAUCACAUAGCCCAAAAGGAAAACUGGAGGGGCAGAUAGUCCCAGGCUUGCUGGAGGGGGCUGGAUGAUUUCUUUUCUAAAUGCAUCGCUUGUACCUCUCUUCUAAAUUCUCUAAAUUCCAAAGAGGUUGCAUGAUCAAUGUUCAGAGGCAAAAAGCAGAAGAUAUCUUUAAUGGACUUUUUAAAAUAAAAUUUUGUACCUCAAAUAUAA